AGAGUAAAAUACAAAGUGAUGUGCUUGUGGCGUGUUAUUUGUGAGCUCUAAUAUUUCUUUUAAAUUUAUUUAAUUAAACACGAUAAAAUAUUAUAUUUUUUACGACCUGCCUUAUUAGUGCACGUGAAAUGUGGAGGAAACCUGAUUCGCUUUAAAUAGGUUCAAAUUAAGUUUUAUUUCCAUUAUAAUAUUGACACUUGCUAUCCUUUUCAUUCCUAUAAGACCGCCUAUUGUGCGUAGCCUACAGCGCAGCCUGUAACAGUGCGUCAUUACAAUGCCAUUCCAAAAACAUUUUGUCUCUGUGAAACCAAUUACAGUUUAUCUUUAGAGCUAUUAUUUUUAAAUUGUGUUGUUAUUGUGAUAAUGGAUUUUAAAUUAAUUGGUGCACCUUGUGGGCAACAUGGUCCAUAUACAUUUUAUAAGGCUUUCAAGUAUUCUAAACAUGGAAAAACAAACAUAUUGGCUCUGAGUGAAUUUUUUUUCGUUAAAUUAUGGAAUGAUUCUGACUUAGUGAGCAUUGGUGAACUUCAGUUAUUAUGGGAAGACAAAAACAAUGAACAGACAUUAGCUAGUUUACGAUUAUAUAUUUUGCCUGAAAAUACACCUGAAGGGAGAAGUGAUUGUCAUGGAGAGCAUGAGGUGCUGGCCAUCACAGAGAAGGUGGUACUGAGGGUGGAGGAUCUACUGACAUGGAUCACGGAGGCACAGGACUGGUCCUGGGGUCUGUCAGCAGUGUACGACCACUCAGCCACAUUGAUGCCUCGUCCGGGGCUCUUAGCUGACAACUGCGUGAUGGACCUGACUGAGGUUGACAAGGAGAAGGACCUGUUAGGUAAACAACACUGGGACACAGCCAGUGGUGUGGUGGUGCUCAGUUUCCCCCGCUAUUGUCGCUACCGAGGUAUACUGAAGCGCUUGGAAGGAGUACACAACAAGUGGCUGAGAACUGCCCUGGUGGCUGCCUUGGGAGGCUUCAUAGUACCUUGCCGCAACACCAGAGUCCUCUACUGCAAGGAGACGUUUGACUAUCCAGACCUAGAGGGCCAUGAGCUGCUCUGUAACCACCUAGCUCCCAAACUAAAAGGAAGGCCUCGGAAAAAACGGAAGCUACUGGACCUUUCACAGGAGUCUUCGGAUUCAGAUUCAGAGUCUUCAUCUGUUUCUACAUCCUCAUCCUCUACAAAGGCCAAGUCAGUGACCCCGGUAAAGCAGAUAUCUCUAGUGGCAGCUCCCAGACGAGGUCCUCGUGGCCCGCACCAGCCUUCAGAAGAGAAGGACUUCUUUGCUAAGCUGCAAGCCUUCAUGAGGUCUCGUCAGACUCCCAUAAGCAGGGUUCCUACUAUAGGCUUCAAGGAAUUGAACCUUUGGAAGCUGUUCAGCAAAGUACGUCACUUGGGAGGCUAUGACACCGUCACGUCCAGUAGGCUGUGGAAGUAUGUGUAUGAAGAGAUGGGCGGAGAUCAAUCUAGUACCAGUGCAGCUACUUGUUGUAGGCGACACUACGAACGGUUAUUGCUACCAUAUGAAAGGCAUGUUGCUCCCAACCGAACGAAAAAUGCUGCUUUGGCUAAGUUGAAGAAGUAUGAAGAAAUCAGUAUUACAGAAAAAUCAUCAUACAUGAAUGCUGUAGAAGUUGAAAAGGGCAUUUUUACCUAUUCUGAAUCAGUUAUUGAUUUACCUCGUGAAAAAGAAAAUAUUCCCCAUUCCCAGUCAAGAUCCUUUUCUGGUGUAAUCGACUUAACAGAUUCACCAGUUAAACAGAAGAACGUUGAAAUUAUUGACCUAGUUUCUGAUGAUUCCCACUCGCCUUUAAAGGCUGUUGAAGUUGGAAAUGCUCGCUUUACCUAUUCCGAAUCAAUUGUUGACUCACCCCGUGAAAAAGAAAAUAUUCCCCAUUCCCCGUCAAAUUUCUUUUCUGGUAUAAUUGACUUAACAGAUUCGCCUGUUGAACAAAAGAACAUUGACAUUCACAUUAUUGACCUAGUUUCUGAUGAUUCCCACUCACCUUUAAAGACAAAGCCUCCUACUGCUACCAAGAAGCAGAAGUUGGAGAUAUUGAGGGAAGGCGGUUUGGAGGUGACUCCAGUAGGAACAGUGUGUGAGAGCAAACCGCGACCUUCCGUGAUCCAACACGUGGAACGGCCUCGCGAGGGUAGCAAGGAGAAGGUGUCCAUCACUAUUACUCCAGACGUGGCUCUGCUGUUGCCCAAGAACCGACACGCGUGGUCCCUGGGCAACCACAAUGUCUACGGCAACCCCAAGGACGUGGUGCAGUCCAGCCCUCGACCCAACGGUGGGGAGGUCCUGGACCUCAGAACAAGGAAUCCCUACACACCGGUGGGGUCCAAUCUCGAAAUCACCCUAGUUCCUCCUUCAUCUAGUGAGAAUCACAUCCGUAGUAAGAAACCGCAACUUACAGUUCCUAUUGUGCCGCGACCGAACCAUUCACAAAAACUGUAUCAACCUCCUCGUACUCACCCUCCUCAACGAGCUAUACCUCCCCUAAAGCCCAUGCACAGUCUGAUGGCUUCCCGUAUACCCAACAACCCUGGUAUCUCUAUCAACGCCAACCAGCAGAGAAGAAAAAACAAGAUAACUCCUUCUCCGCAGACACCUCAUAACUAUCCAGCAUUCAAGACGAGUCCUUACCCGAUGGUGGAUCCUGUUUACUUGUCUGCCUUCUACAGCAGUCUGUUCUCCCCGUUCUCCCCCACCACUACUCCUCAACAGCUGCAGAUGUACAAAGAUCUCCUCCACAGACAGAACAUCCCCGACAGCUUCCCCCGCUUGCUUCAGGAUGGUUCCACAUCCAUAUCUCUAGUUGAUCAGAGCCCUUCCCCUUCGUCCAAGUGACCUGCCUUCAACGUCACACUCUAGUGUGCCAUAAGCAGUAUUCAACCCAUCGUUCAGCAUUUUGUGAUAGUAGAAUAUUCUGCCGAUGUAGUUUUCUCGAUAGAUUGUAUAGUACAAUAUAAAUUUACAAUUUAAUUUUAGAAGACCUAGAUGUGCAAGAGGUCGUGUAGUAGCUUUUUUAUUAUUUUUUUUUACAUAUAUAACUACUAGUAGUGAGCCAAACCUUUAGAUUGUAUUAUUUACAAUAAGUUAAAUGCUGCACAUUGUAGUGUUGUGAUGUUCUAAAUUUUUACAAUCCAUGGCAUAAAAGAUAGUAAACAAAAAGUAUGAUGUAUUUUUAAAACCACCCUUGAUAUUUGAUAAAGUUAAGAAUCACAGUUGCCUUUUUUGAUACUGGUAACAGUUAUUUAAAAUCAUUUGUAAUGUUAAUCUUUAAGUGUUGUCUUUCUUUAUUAAUUGUAAAUGUUGUGCAAGUUAUUUAUUAUUCCAUCUAAUUUCAAAAUUAGUUGUUAUUCACUAAUAAAACCUUUGAUUUUCCCUGUGGCAUUGUUUUAAAGUAGUAAUGUUUAAAUAAUAUUCAAACAAUUUUCUUAAAACUUCCAAACCAUGCAUUUUUAAAUAACUAAUGAAACUAUAAUUUAUUAAUUUACCUAACAUUUCAGUUUUUAUGCCAUGUAUAUAGAUACUCAAAUAGCACUUAGGCAUGUGAAAAUGUGUUAUGAGUAUUUAUGACAUAUAGAAAAAAAAUAUGAGUUUAAAACAAGACAGGAAAGUUUUUGGUCAAUGAGCGUUUUUUUAUAUUCAUAAACAGCUUCUGGAAUUCUGAAAUUUUCAACGUUAAGUUUCUGGAUACCUGAAAGUUCCAAUACCUGAAUAGAAUGUAUCAUAUUGUUUUCCAGGCAUAAGCUGCUCUCGCAUGUUUGUAGACCAAUUUUAGUGGUAACUUAAUGGCGUUAAAGGUUUAUUCAAGAUUUAUCGCUUUUGUUUUAAGUGCCUUUCAAAGUUCAAAUAUUCAAGUAUUACAAAAGCCCAGUCUUAUCAGCAAACUAGCUGUUUAAUAUGUUUUCUAAAUAAUUUGUGAAGAAACAACAGGAAACCGUUCAGACUUUUUUAGAAAAUUGUGUUUGUAAAUAAAAUAAGACCAUGAUAAUCUUGUACAUAUUGCCAAACGUGUAAAGAGUAUAUUUUGAUGGUAUAAAACACUACUCAAUUCAAUGCAGUUAUGUGUGCAGUGUUCACAUUAGUUUUAAAUUUUAUGUAUAUCUUUUACUUUUAUAAAUAAACACAGUUUUCUAUUGUAA